GUGAUCGCCGCGUAAUGGCGGGAAGUGGCGGCGGUGUAGCAGCAGACGACACUAACAUGGCAGGAUUCAGGGACAGGAACUCUCGCGUCGUCGGUACAUGGAAGAUAAUAGAGUGUGUGUCUCUGUCAGGAUCAUCUGAAGCAACAGGAAUAGAAGGGACUGAGUUUGUGUUGUCCGAGGCUGGAGAUGUUACCUGGACCGUUACAGAUGGCUGCGAUGCCCUGCCGCUCUUCUCCUGCCAGAUGUAUGAAGUGUAUACAUACCAGAACCUUCAGUGUUAUGGGAACAGAACUUUACUGCGCUUUGCUGCGUACAAUGGCCACAUUAUUGAGUUCAGACUGGACCAACCGGUAAUGUCAAGGGAUCUGAUGUUGUUGACAUACGAUGGAUGGUUCAUGUUGCAGUGCGAGAAGCUGGCCACUCCAGAGAUUGCUCCAGAUCUCCCAUACUCCCUCCUCCCAGCUCUCACUGAUGGCUACUUCUCAGAUAUCACCAUCACUGCAAAAUCGGGAAGAAAGUUUGAGGUACACAGCAUCAUUUUACAAUCAAGUAUGCCAAGUGUGGAAUGGACAUCUCUGUGUGGUCUGGAUGACUCAGCCCUAGAGACCAUCCUGUACUACCUCUACUCCUGCUGCCUCCCCUCCACACUCACCGUGGCCACCGCGCACAAGACCAUUGCCGCCACCCAACAUUUGGAAGGCUUUGAAGACUUCAGAAAGAAAUGUGAUAUCUUCAUUAAGAACACAAAUCUCAGGAACAGACUGGUGUGUCUGAUGCAGGAGGUGCAGGAGUGUGUGGAGGUGAUGGUUCAGCUGUUCAACCCCAGCGAUCCAGCAGUGACCAGCCCCACACAUCUCAUUACUGUUCUUAAGGCUGCUCUCAGACAGAUGGCUAUUGGUGUGGUGAAAGUAGUUGAGCUAAGCCAGGAGUUUGAACAGUGUGGGUGGAGACUGACCCAGGCAGAACAGCAUGAAGUGAUGCGGUACACUCGGUCACAGCUGCCACGCCUGCUGGCCACGGUGGUGCGACUCUUGGCCAAUGUACGAGCAUCACUUGCCGCCCUCAACCACCACACUCGCCAGCAGCUGGCACAGCAGCUGGUUCCAGAGAUCAGCUCAGUUCUUCAGACUGUGUGUGUUGAUGUUGGUUCACUCAGAACAAGUUUAGAGCACAUCAUCCAGGCUUCGUCCACAUCUCUGGAGUCUGCACACUCACCCACUCAUCUACUGGCAAAGUCCCUCAGAAAUGACUUGCAUCUUCGUGAACUACAGAAACUUCGCAUUCUACAGGAAAAUUUAACUUCAUUCUUGAAUUCCCUUGUUCAUAAAAGAGAACAGUUCGAGGAAAUAGGUGGUGGGGCGAGGGUGCGGGGAGUGGCCAGAAUUAUUGAACAUUUCACUGAAGAACUUCCAGUUUUAACACUGCGUCUUGAAGAAGCAGCGGCAGACUUGGAAGAAAUUGUGGAAUGGUCCGAGUUUAAGUUUGUUUUCAAGGGAGCGACCUCGAAAGUGGGGAGUAUUGUGGAGCGACUGGUGGAGCACCGUGGAGUGGUGGAGUCGUUGGUGGCGGAGUUGGUGGAGCGUGUUGGUCACCCCGCCUUCACCACCUCCCUGCAGCACCUUGGUCUCCUUGCUCCAUUGCAGGACUCCUCGUCUGGUGAAUCACCAUCCCCAGAAAAUUCUAAAGCACAAGAGUUACGGCCAUCGUCAGCAAAUGAUCUGAAUUCCCCUGGUGAUGUGGAGGGGCCGGCAGACACCAGUUCUCGCAGUGUGUCCAACUCAUCAGAUACAUCAAGUGGCAGUGGACAGCGCCGGUGCCCGUCCAUUCCUAACAUGGACACACUCCAUGAUGAACACACUCAGUCACCUUAUAAGCUGAGUCUGGUGAGUCGAGUGUGUGAACCUCCUCCAUCACGCAGCAACCCAUUAGCUGUCAACAUUGCUCGACUUUUAGCCGAUCCAGUGUUAAGUGACAUGACUUUUGUCAUUGUCCCACCAGCAGAUGAUGAGGCUUCUCCAUCAUCAAGCCAGGAGGAGCUUGAUGUGAUAGAGGGACAAGAAGCCAACAAGAGUGCCAGUAAAGAGUCUGUGAAGGAGUCCAGCUCUGAGUGGUGUGAGUUACAGCAGCAGCCCGGCACUAUGUCUCAAGCAGCACCCAAGAUGUCUUCUACAGUUGUUCGUAAAGUGAAGAAAUCUCUGAGCCUAGACCGUCCGUCCGUAAGAGCAACAAUGCCUAGUCAAGCAUAUAGUCUUGAUUGUGAUGCAAUGACUUGUUCUGAUAAUGUUUUAGUGCCCAAUAUUCCAAUUAUGCCUAAAUACUUUAAUCAACAUCAUCCUGCAGCAGACUUUAAGUUUAUACCUAGAAGCUCUAAGGAAAUUGAAAUUACUGACAAUAAUGAUGUUGGUGCUAAAUGUGAUGAUAAUGUUAAGUUGAAUGUUGAUGAGGUAAAAAGUAUUGAUGCAAGUGGAAUGUAUAAAACUAAAAGUUUAGAUGACUCAAAAAGUAAAACUUUAGCAGAAUGUGAUAAGACAUAUGUUGAUAUGGAUCGUGCUUGUAAAUUAAGACAUUCGGUGACUCCGAGUAGAGAACGCUGUGGCAGUGAGGAGCCGUAUGGGCGCCACUACCCCGACAAUCAUAUAGUGAGACCCGUAAGUGUGGGAGGUUCUGCUGUGGCGGUGGACCAAGUCUACGGGCUGACCAAUGAGGCAGAGGAACGUAGAGACAAAAAGGAAAUUGAAAUCACUAGAAAUGGCAUAAAUGUAAGGAAUGACAGAGAAAAUAAAUAUGAGGGAAGUUCAGAAAAAGACAUUGAUGGUGACAGUGACAAAUCAAAAAUGUUUGACGAAACUCAUUACAAAAUUCGGUUAGGUGAAACAGAUAAGAUAAAUACUGUACUUGGUGUAGAAAGAUUAAAAUUGUGUGAAUCUCCUCAUGUGGACAGUGGGAAGGUGAACAAGUUUCUGGGCCUGGAGACACAGAAGAAGGGAAGGCUAACUAAGGCUCCAAACAUCACAGGAGAUGAGGAUGAGAGAAUUACUAAGUCAUGUAGCUUAGAGAUUAGGGAGGAGGAACUGCUUGGCACGACUCCAGAACACAAGAGGCAGUACAGUUGGGAGAUUGUGGAGCUUCAGGCACACAGAGUGGUGGCUGCGGCCAGGUGCGAGUGGUUCAGACGGGCGUUGCUGUCUGGCAUGAGGGAAGCAAUUGACAGGUGUAUAGUGGUUCACGGGUGCAGCGUCCAGACCUUCCAACUGCUACUGGGAUUUUUGUACGCUGGCCAUGUGGAGUGCAGCAGCCUGCCCCCUGACCAGCUGGUGGACCUGCUUGUGUUGGCUGAUCAUUAUGGGGUGGACGCACUGAAGCUACUUGUUGAGUCAGGCCUUGAGCAGCACGUUGACGAUGACUCGGUAGUACCGUUGCUCACCGUCGCCCACCACUGCAAUGCAACCCACCUCAAAGAGGUGUGUGUGCAUCACUGUGUGGUGAGCGCUGUAGUGCUGGAGGGAGAGACGCUGGGCCAGUUGCCAGAAGACCUACGGCAGCACCUCACCAUGGCUCUGGGCAAACACAGAAAGUGGUGUUCAGGAGCCAUAGGGGAGGAGAUGCUGGUUGGUGGUGAGGGCACAGGAGGUGAGGACAGUCCCCUCUCUGUGUCCUCCACUGACCCCCUCACUGAUGAUCAAGUCAGUCUCAUCCCAGGGCUGCAGUACGGUUUUGGAGGUGAGCAAAGUGUGGAGAGCAGCAACAGCAGAGUGGAGUCGGUGGUGCAGCAGCUGAGAGAGAUCGUAGGCCAACAGGUACCUCGCUCCAGGCUCGUCCAGAUCACGCUCGCCGCUGAUUAUGAUGUCAACCGAGCACUCAAUUUCUUCUUUGCUUCUUCGUCAUAGUUGUUACAUUAUCAUAUCAAUGUAGAAAUUAUUUUUUAAUAUCAUGGUACUUAUUACAGUGGAAUCUCUCUUCAAUAUAGUAUACUGUAUUGCAGUUAAGGCUAUAUAUCAAAAUACUGUACUGUAAGUACGUUUCAUACACAAUUUUGUCAUUACUGUAAUUUACCGAGACUUUCGUGUGAUCAUGAAAAAGUGAACAAUACAAAAUAAUUUCUCCUUAUAUUUUUGGUGUGGUUGUCACAUUACUGUACUGUAUUGUACACCCUUAGUAACACUUUUGCUACACUUAAUUAUCCAUUUAUAAUUUCCUAACUACAGUCUCCAACACUGAUCUAAAGAGGCUUAUGAAUUAACCAUCUUUGAAGGAGAAGCAAUUUAUGUUAAAGGAACAUAUUGUAAAAUGAUUCAAAGAAGCAUUUGUGUUUUUUAGUUCAAAUAUGCAGCAACCAUAUCAUAGUAGUUGAUAAAGGGCUCUUCAACCUUGUUAACAUUUCUGUAGUGUAAUAAGGGGCACGGCUAACACUCACAUUAAGGGAGUCAUAUCAGGGAACCCAAGUGUGUGUGAUGCUGUUCUUGGGAAUCUGUUUUGACAUUUAAAAUAAGUGUCAUGCCAACUUUGAGCCUCGGACAUACCCUGUAGAGGAACAUUUUCUACUUCAUAAUAUUUCAUUAAAAUUUUAUACAGAAUUUCUUAAUGGCUUUGAGAGAUUCUAAAGAUAAAAUGAAUAGUCUGUACUGAGGGGCUGUUGAACCUAUUAUUAGCUAACAUUGCAUGCUUAUUGAAAUGCCCCAAAUGUAUGCUAACAAUUGUACCAUUUUCCACAUAAUAUAAUCCUUUGGCACCCACUGCAAAAAGACACGACUCACUUUGCACUAGCUUCAAUAUUUUGCACAAAUUCAGAUCUCUUUAACAAACAUUGCACCACUACUAUCAGCGUGACUUGUCGAUACUGAACAUUUGUAUUGCUUUCAUUCCCCCUUGUGAUAUGAAAGGUACUUCAACUGUUCAUCAUGUUUAUGGGGGCAUUUACACUGGUCAAGGGGGCUGUAGAGCUGAUGUCUGUCUGUCUGUCUGUCUAUCUGUCUGCCUGCCUCUCUGUCUAUCAAUCCUACAACAUUCUCAAAAGCUGCACCAGUUUGAAGGCUCUCACCAUCUUUACAGCCUUUUAUUCACCUCUAAAAUGACCUGAGGGAAUACUAAGACAAUGUUCUACAGAGCCUAGCCCCUAAAGCCUGACUGCUAAAGCCUGAUCCUUGAAGCAUGACCACUAAAGUGUGACUCUUCAAGCCUUCUAAAGCCUGUCCCUUAAAGUUUGGUCCCUAAAAUAUAUUUCCUAAAGCCUGACCUCUAAAGCCUGUACCUUAAAGCCUGACCCCUAAAACUUAACUCCUAAAGCCUGCCCCCUAAUGCCUGUCCCUUAAAGCCUGACCUCUAAAGCCUGUCCCUUAAAACCUGACCCCCAAAAUUCGACUCAUUAAUUUCUACAUACACCAACAUAAUGCUUCAUCAAUGCUUAUGGUGGUGUCAUGAGCACAUCUGUCACCCUCCUAUGAUACAUUAUUGCAAAUGUUUGUUUCAGAAGUAUAUUUGUAACUCACUGAAGGUCUCAAGACUCUGUUUUUUGAUGAGUCGCUUGAUAAACUUAAUCUUGCAGACGUUUUUUGCAUCAUGGUGGUCAGUGCUUAAUGUAUAGGAGAGGAGUUCAUCAUGGUAAUAUCUUAAAUAAUUUACUUUCAUAAUUAAUAUAAAAUCAUUCAUAUCAGUGUUAACAAUCAUUAACUUGUCCACAACACAUAAAGCAGAAGUUAUUUCCAGUACUCUUAAUACAAAUAUAUAUAUGUGUGUCUUGUGUGUGUGUACAGUUCUCUUGAGAUGAAAUUCAUAUUUUUAUCCUUCCAUUCAGCUUAACUUAGAAGGCUAGCCCAGUAAAAGCCCAUCACCUGACUUGACCUAACCCAGUCCAUUAAGAUGUAUAUAAGAAUUACAGUUACAAGCCCUCUGUGGUAAGCAUAUAUUUAAAAAAAAUAUAUACUAUAUAUACUGUAUAUAUUAUAUGAAACAUGUUUAUAAAAUGAAUAUGUAACAAAAAAAUGGGAAAAAUAAUUAAUUUCUUGGGAUCUUGGUGUUCUUACCCUGGUCCUAAAUAUUGCAUGAUGAAUUUUUUCAACAUUCCUCACAAAGGCUUAACCAAACACUAACCUAACCUAACCUAACCCUAGCUUAACCUAAAGGAUGUGCAACUUUUCUUGAUGACACACAAUCAUCAUUUUCCUUGGUGUUCUUUUCCUUAAACUAACAUAUUAUUUCUCUUGAAUGUCGAUAGUAACACAGGGUAAUAUAUAACUUCUUAAUAUCAUUCCACAGCAAUUCUUCUACCCCCCAUACAACACUAUACUACUGUAGUUGGCCUCUUUUCAAUAACAUUCAAUAACCAUCUUUCUCUCCAUCUGAUAUUGGUGAUUUUUAUUUAUUUUAUUUAUUUUUUAUAAUUUUACCAGAAUGUCACCUCAACACUAGAAUGAUCUUAUGGAGCUCCAGUCUUGUGUUCCAUUAGUCUUUGACAGUCUUGAAACUAAUAAGUAAUCCAUCAGUUACAUCUGUACACUGGGUAAGAUAAUCCUGAUGAGCGUGAUGCUUUAAUGUGGGAGCCUUAAGUAGGUGCUUCAUCCUCAUUAUAAACGAUAAAGUUCUAUUGUCAUAUUUUAGAGGACAAAUAUUGAUGUGAAAAUAAACAAAGGUAAACUUAUUCUCACCUAACUUAGUCUAGCAUAGCCUAGCCUAAACCUAACCAGUCCAACAUUGUACCAUCCUGACAUAGACAACAUUGUACCAGCCUGACCUAGAGAACAAACAGUACCACUUUUAAGAACACACAUGAGUACCGUUCUUGCUUUAAGAUUACUGUACUGUACACAUUUGUUCUCUUACUGUACACUGUGGGAUGAUCCAUGUUUGCCUUUCUCAUCUUGAGUAUAAACAUGUGUACCUUUUCACUGUGUACCUCCUCUGCUUGAUAAUAAUGAUGUGUAUUAUUAUCAGCUUGAAGAAGACAUUUGUACUGUCUGUCUACAGCUUAUUAUAAAACAGCCAAACAUGCUUAGUGACUUUCAGCAUGUUAUAAAAGAUAUAUGCAAGUCGUUGGUUGACCUUUACAUGUAUACAAUACUUGCCACUUGAAUCAAAGAAAUAAUUGCUAACUUGUUGAUCAAUGUUUUCUUUGGGAAUGAGAAAACCAGAAUUGUUUAUUGAAAAAAAAUGUUUGAAUGUUAUGUACAUAAAUUUGUAUGUAUUUUUUAGUAUUAUUUAUUAAAAGAUAUGUAUAGAAUGUUGAUUUAGCAGUGGCAACAAUACUUGGUAGUUUGUAAGAGUACGUUACAAUGCAAUUUUUUUACUUAGCACUCGAUGUCAUUCCAUGUGUCAGCUUUAACGUGUAGCUCUGUAAGGUAUUAUUUAUUUUGGUGAUAAUAACUGGCAGCUGCAGGAUCUUGAUUCCUUGUUAAAUACUGUAUUGACUUGUUGUUGGACUAUUUAUACUUUGUAACUGUGUGAGAAAUAUUGAACUAUGUGAGUCAGUGUUGAUAUAUACCAUUAACAGUAGAAUUCAUGUACGUUAAGUUACAAUAUGCAAGAUGUGAUCAGCUUGUUGAGCUUAUAAUCUUCAGAGCCUUAUGUUCACCCUGCAAGACAGCCAAUUUUUGGAGAAGUACCACAAACAAAACCACUAAGCCAUUUGUGUUUUCUUUUUGGAAGCAGACAACCUGACUCUAACCUUGCAGGCCCAGGGUUGGUUUUAUUUGGUUUGUAACUGCUGAAAAAUAAAUGGCUUAGCAGUUUUGUUUGUGAUUUUGCUUUUUAACAGCCACUGUUUUGCAUUCACCAGAAGAGCUUUGAUUUGCUGUUAUAGUGAACCCCUUAUUGUGAAUACUGUACUGAACUGGACCCUUCCCCCCUCCCUUAGUGAUAACUCCCUCAUCACUCACAAAAGAUGAGCAUAAGGUGAUAUAAAUAACUGAGUUGGGUAGGUUGAGAGAUGUUAGCCCAUAUUAUUAAACAACAUCUUCCCUUGAAGAGGGUCGUCGUGUUUCAACCCGAGUUUUAAUCU